AUGCUUAGUAGGCUGAAUAGCAUAGCACCAGGAUGGAAAAUACUGGCUAACUAUCAACAGGCAAUUAAUGGAAGAAUAUGGUUUAUGUGGGAUCCAAAUUGGUUUGAUGUUAGCCUUAGUCAUGCAACUGCUCAGCAGAUCCACUGUACUGUGAGAGACAAAUCAUCUGAUGAACAACUUGUCAUUACUGUUGUAUAUGGGUUCAACACUGGAGACUUGAGGAAAACUCUGUGGCAGGACAUGAAUAUAGUAGCUCAAGGACUAUUUGGUAACCCUGUAACUCUGCAAGAAAUUCAUGAUUUCUCUGAGUGCAUCCAACAUAUUGAUGUCCAUGAACUUCCUUGGCAAGGUGAGUAUUAUACAUGGUCCAACAAGCAACAGGGAUCACAGAGAAUAACUAGCAGAAUUGAUAUAAUCUUUGGCACCUAUGAAUGGAUGCUCAAAUGGGGACAAGUCUCUACACUUUAUGAUCUUCCUUUUAUCUCAGACCAUGCCCCCAUGAUGAUAAAACUGCAGCAGCAACAAAGACCAAAAUACAUCCCAUUUAAGUUUUUCAAUAUAUGGGUUGACCAUGAGAACUUUCUCCAAAUUGUGAGUGACAACUGGCAGGUGGACAAAGCUACUAAUAGAAUGCAAAAUGUAUGGCUUAAACUAAAAGUACUGCAGCCUGCUCUGAGACUGCUCAACACUCAGGAAUUCAAAUUCAUAAGGCAGAAAAUAGACCAAACUAAAGAAGAACUGGUAGUCCUGCAAGAAGAACUGGCUAAGCAAGCUGAUGCUAAUUUGAUCCAACAAGAAAAAAAAGCCUUACUUAAUUUGGAGAAGUGGUCCUUGAUAGAAGGGAGUGCACUAAAACAAAAAUCUAAGGUCAAAUGGGUGAAGUUGGGUGACUCAAAUAACAAAUAUUUUUCUGCUGUUUGUAAAGAAAGAAACCACAGGAACCAAAUCCUAGAAAUCACAUCUCUAGCUGGUACUAAACUACAUGACCCAGAGACUAUCAAAGAAGAAUUUGUUAUGUUCUAUAAGGGGUUGAGGGGAUCCUCAGUUUCCAUGCUUCCAGCAGUUUGUAAAACCACUAUGAGGAAAGGUCCCAGACUUUCUCAGCAACAAAGAAUGGCACUAUGUGCAGAGGUGACAAAAGAGGAUAUCUAUGAUGCCUUAAAGGCCAUAGGAGAUGACAAAGCUCCAGGAAGGAACAUCUCUGACAAUAUUAUUUUGGCUCAUGAGUUAGUUAAAGGCUAUAGUAGGAAGCAUAUCUCAGCUAGAUGUAUGAUCAAAAUUGAUCUACAAAAAGCGUAUGAUUCAGUGGAGUGGAUAUAUUUAGAACAAGUGAUGACAAAAUUAGGAUUUCCUCAUGUGUUUACUACUUGGGUUCUAGAUUGUGUCAAAUUUGUAAGCUACUCUAUUAUUGUUAAUGGGGAACGCACAACAGCCUUUCCAGUAGCUAAAGGGCUCAGGCAAGGUGACCCCAUACCACCAUUUCUCUUUGCCAUAGCUAUGGAAUUCCUAAGUAGAAGCUUGAAUAGUCUGAAAACUAUCAAAUCCAUUAAAUUCCAUCCCCAAUGUGGCAAACUGGGUGUCACUCACCUAUGCUUUGCAGAUGAUCUGCUAAUGUUCUCUAAAGGUGAUCUGAAUUCUAUACUGGCAAUGCAACAGUGCUUCCUGAAUUUCUCUGCUGCUUCAGGGCUUCAAGAAAACCUUGGUAAGAGCUCAAUUUAUUUUGGGGGUGUGUCCCAAGAUAUUAGAUCUCAAAUUCUACAACAGUUGGGGUUUUCUUUGGGGGAGCUUCCUUUUAAAUAUCUGGGUAUCCCACUAUCCUCCAAGAAACUAACUAUCAUGCAAUGGUACCCCCUCAUAGAAAGAAUCACUACUAAAAUUUCAACUUGGACAACAAAGAAGCUAUCCUAUGCAGGCAGGGUCCAGUUAGUUCAGUCUGUCCUGUUUAGGGUGCAAGCUUAUUGGUCACAAUUGUUUAUGAUCCCUGCCAAGAACCAAGCUGCUAUUACUAAGCUAUGUUGGGAUCUUGCACACAAAGAAGACAAAUUAUGGGUCAAAUGGAUCCAUGCUUAUUACAUUAAAGAUCAACAGUUGAGUGUGUGUCCAAUACCUCAAAUUGCUAGUUGGAUGACUAGGAAAAUUGUGGCAGCUAGAGGUGUUAUAGAGCAACAGAAUACACCUCCUUCUCCUGGCAAAUGA